UGUUUUUUGGCACUUGGCCGUCCAAAUCUCGAAGAUCACUGGAAGUCGCUGCAAUCAGAGCAAGCCUUCGAAACCGUUAGGAGCAGGUCAUGCUCUAUCCUGGCCAGCACUAUCACCACGGCAAGUGUCCUCCUCGCUACAAGCGUUGUUUUCAUCAGUACGGGAUCUCCUGUGCCAUACCUGGACUAUACAUCUCCCGCUCCUCAUUGUCUACUCUUUAUAUCACUCAUGUUUGCCAUGAUCACGAUAUUGACAUCUGGCUCGAGCAUGGUACGCUGGCUACACACUGAUCGGCAGUGGACUCAAGAGCAACUCAAACCGGGGGGCUACUUCGUCUUGUCCUACUUGUUGUCAAUAGUCACCCCCAUAUUCUUCGUCGCCUGGUCCCUACAUUGUUUUAUAGCCGCGGUUUUAAUAACAGGCUUCGGCUCCCAGAGCGCGAUUUGCCGUGUAGCCACUGCGCUCUGGCUUGUUACGUAUAUCGUCAAUAUUGGAACGAUGCUGAUGCAAUCCAUGUG